AUGGUCCAAAAAGCCGACCAGAAACCUCCCACCAUUACGGUGAAUAACCUCUCCUACCUCUUCCCAGAUGGAAGUGCAGGUCUACAAAACGUCUCACUCGACCUCCCUGCCGGUGCACGUUGUCUUCUCAUAGGCGCAAAUGGCGCGGGCAAGACAACACUCCUCCGCCUCCUGAGCGGAAAACGCAUGGCCCCAGCAGAUACGGUGUAUGUCGCAGAUAUCGAUCCGUUCGCCACGGGCCUCGAAGGCGUGACCUACUUGGGCCUGGAAUGGGUCCUCAAUCCCAUUGUCCGCAGCGACAUUGCUGUUCCUGAGCUGCUCAAGUCUGUGGGCGGUGACCACUAUCCGGAACGAAGAGAUCAGCUCGUAAAGAUCCUCGAUGUGGAUCUUUCGUGGCAUCUUCAUGCCGUUUCGGAUGGCGAACGGAGAAGGGUGCAGCUUUGCAUGGGCUUACUCCGUCCCUGGACGGUUCUGCUUUUGGAUGAAAUCACCGUUGACUUGGACCUCUUAUCUCGACACAACUUUCUGCAGUUCUUGAAGCAGGAAACCGAGUCGAGGCAAUGCACUAUUGUCUACGCCACUCAUAUUCUGGACAAUCUGGCUCAGUGGCCAAGUCAUUUGGUUCAUAUGUCUCUCGGUAAGGUGAAGAAGUGGGGCGCAAUUGACACUUUCACUGUACCGAAGACGGAUGGUGGUGAAGAAGGAAACAGUCGCUUGGGCCAAUUGGUGAUGGGUUGGUUGAAAGAGGAUCUCGCAGAGCGGGGGCCGAGAAACCAGCCGCGCAGUGACGGGAAAACGUACGAGAGCCAUGAGGGAAAGGGAGGGUAUGGGCACGAGACCUACAAGAAGGAUUCUUGAGAAGGCAUAAGCAGUACGACUGGUGAUGGAGCUCGGCCAAAGAAUCGAGCGUCGAUUCAGGUUGGCAGGGAGAAAUGGCAGGACAGCGCGAUUCAACACGACGACAAUUAGACCCAACAGUAGCGCUGGUGUUCAACAGAUAUUCAGGAUGCAUGAAGUGUGGUUUCCC